UAUACGAUGAAAAUAUAAAAAAGAUGAAGAAAGAAAUGCAAAGUUUAAAAAGGAAGUGUAAGCGUUACAUGCAGAAGAAUAGAGAUAUGAUUAGUUUUGUAGAUGAAUUAAAAUCGAAAGCGACUGAACCACGUGAAACACAGAUUGCUGCUCAAGAAGAAGACAAAACAAAUUUACAACAUCUCAACAUCAUUCAAAAUGAAAACGAAAUGACUCCUUUGUCCAAGUCUAACAGUUACGUAGAACAAAACCUACCUCACAUUGUGGAAGAAGAUAAAGAAAAAGUAAAAAAACACCUUUUUACAUAUAAUGUUUUAGUGAAUGCUAUUCAAGACACAUAUGAGAACACCGAAAAAAAUAGUGAACGAAAUAUUCUUAAAAGAAUCGUUAAAAAUAAAUGUAUGACCAAAUAUGUCAGGAAGAGUGUAAUAACGAGAUCUGUGCUGGGAUUAAAAGGAAGUGCUCGUCAAAGGAAAAUGAUUAAGAAAAACAAUAGCAUUGAAGACGAAAUUAUUAAGUUUUAUAAUAGAGACGAUGUAUCUCGAGCUACAGCGGGGAAAAAAGAAUUUAAAACUCAAGGUAAAAUAAAAAAACAAAGACGAUACUUGCUGGACACUUUGAAAGAGCUUUAUAAAAAGUAUAGAGCGGAGGGAGGAAGAGCUAAAUUGACGUGUUUCAAAAAGUACAGACCAUAUUAUGUGAUACCACCGAAACUUUCUGAUCGAGAAACGUGUUCAUGCGUAAAGCACGAAAACAUCCUUAUGAAAAUUAAGAAGUUGACGUCCUUAGGAAUGAUUGAAACUACAAAUUUAAAUGACACCUUAUCAAUAGUGGUAUGUAACUUAGAUUCCAAGGCAUGUGCCUAUGGUGAAUGUUUGACGUGCUGCAAUAAAUGUAUAGAAUUUAACAAGGACACUUGUGAUAAGAAUGAAAUUGUUACUUGGGACGAAUUUGCUACUCAGGAACAUGAAUAUAUCAAUAAAAAUGAUGGUAAAAUGUCAACUACUAAGAAGGUAGUGAAAAAAGAAGUUCAUGAUAAAUUGAAAGCGCUGACUUCUGCCUUUAAUGAAGAUCUGAAAAUGAUGAAAAAACAUGUGUUCAACAUAAAACAUCAAUAUGCGCAGUAUCUCUCGUGUAUUACGAACUUAAAGUCAAACGAAGUAGCUAUACACAUAGACUUUAGUGAAAAUUACUUGUGCAAACUAUCAACCGAAGUACAAUCAAUGCACUUCGGUGCGUCGAAACCGCAGGUGACACUGCAUACUGGCGUUCUGUACGUAAAAGGAAAGAAACCACAGUCAUUUGGUUCCGUAUCUGCCUGCAAUGACCACACUCCUGAGGCGAUUUGGGGUAUGGGGUUCCCCUAUUCAACCUGGAACUUUAGUGAAGCUGGCCAUGAUAAGGGUGCUGCCGACGGAGUAGGAGGAGCACUUAAACGCAGACUGGAUGACUUGGUCAAACAUGGCACCGACAUACCAGACGCUCACACGGCCUAUACACUUAUUAAAAAUUCUGACACCGCGAUAAUGAUUUUUUACAUCAGAGAGGAUGAUAUUGCUAAAAACUCGGUAGAGGAAGAUCUGGUUCCCGUUCCACAGACCAUGAUGUUACAUCAAAUAUGUAAUACUGAUAAAACUAACGUUAUACGGUUCAGGUUUCUGAGCUGUUUUUGUGACGCUCCGCAAAGAGGCUAUUGCGAAUGCUUUGAAGUGAAGAAUCAUUGCCUUGUAAAGACAUUUACCAAAGAAAAUAAAAGCCAAAGAAGUCCAUCUUUCUUAAAAAGAAAGACAACUGAAGAUGACACGAGACAGAGAGAUGAAGGGAUAAAAAAGACAAAAGUGACAGUCCUAUCGGAUAUUCGAUACAGGGUAGAGAAUAUGGGUUAUGACAAUUUACAAAACUAUAGACCAUUUAAACUGAAAAGAAUGAAGAAAAUAACGAAAGACUUUGUCCUGACAAAUUCCGGCAAAGAAAACAUAGAUUACGAUAAUCCUGUGCCCUCGACUUCAGGCACAAGGAUUAAGCAUGUUAAACAAAGUACUGUGAACGAAAUACAAGGGAAAAAAAUAGUAAAAAGAUACUCCAAUGACAGUAGUACUGAUGAAGACGACCAGUUCUCCUUGCACGAUUCUUCCGAUGACAAUUUUUAUGACGAGCUAUUAUCUGAUACUACGGGGGAAGAAAAUAAUAAGGUUAACAAAAAAUACACUGACACUGUGAUAGGGGAAAAGCAAGAUAAUUGUGACUUUACCAGAAUCUCUACGACAGAUGAGGUCAAAAAUGCUAAUGAGAAUGUGACUGAUAAAAAUAAAGAUAAUGUUGUACCAGAAAAAGUAGAAAAGGAAAAAUUUGAUAUGACUAUGAUUACUGACACUUCUUCAGCAGGUAAUUUGAAUUAG